CAAGAAUAAUUGUGGCGCGGGCCGGAGGCAGCGGCAGCGGAGAUGGUUGCUUGUGACAAACUAGCUAAAGCUAACUAGAGUUCGACUUACUUCCGUCGGCGUCGAUUCAGUUCAGUUAUUGUUCUAUCGUGUGCUGUGGUAACAAAAAAAUGUCGCUCCUUCAUUGUUUCUGUUUUUUGUUGUGAUUUAAAUUUUUUAAACUUAAAUAUAAAUAUAUUUAAUAUAUUUACAAAAAAAAAAAAUAAUGUUUAAAAAACGAAUAACAAGACCAUCAGUUGCGCGGCACAAUGACCAACUCCCGUUUCUUGCACAGAAGCGAUUUAGUGCAUUGCCCCGAUUUAGAGCCAUUUACAAAGAAGAAUCGGGUCUAAGUUUGUUUAUUGCUGUGUCAUAUGUCAUCGAUUUGUUUGGUGUAUUCCCUCUUGUGACAUUACCCGGUCUUCUCAUACCAUUGGGGCUUUUUGCCAUACCUUUGGUGCUUGUUAUUGUUGGAUUACAAAUCUAUACGUCGAAUUUGCUGGGCAAAUGUUGGAUUAUGGCUGAAAUGCUAGAUUCGACUAUAGCACAAAAGAGCCGAUACCCUUAUGCUGCAAUCAGUGAUUUGGCAUAUGGCAAGCAUGUCAGUUUAAUGGUGACAAUUUUGUUGGAUUUAAGUAUUUUUGCCACCGGAAUACCAAAUCUGGUAGUGGCUGCUCAAAAUCUUCAACUCAUUGGAGUUCGUAUUACUGAUGGACAUUUUAAUUUUUCAUUUUGUUUUUGGUUAAUCAUAUUGGGUGUAUUGGUUUGCCCACUUAUGUGGUUGGAAAGUCCUAAAAAUAUGAGAGGUUUAGUACUGUUCUCAGUUUGUGUGGUGGCAAGUGUUGUAGUACUUUUAUGGUACUGUCUUAUCAAAGCAGAAGGAGGAAGAAAACCAUUUCAAGGAAUGACAUUUGACGUUCCUAGCUUUGCAAUGUUAUUUAACGGAUUCAAUGUGCUAGCAUUUCAAUUUGAUAUACACUCAAUGAUCUUGACAAUACAAAUGGAUAUGAAGGACAAAACACAAAUUAAAUGGGCUUCAUUAAUAGGAAUUUUGUGUUCAUGUGGCUUAGGAGUCAUUGGAGCUGUAAUUGGUGCCUACAAAUUUGGUUCAAUGGUAUUACCAAAUAUUUUAGAAAUGAUUCCUCGAAGUGUUCCUCUCUAUAUUGCCAUUAUAUUAAUAUCACUGCAGUUGUGUUUGACAUGCGUUGUUGGAAGUUCAGCAUUAUUUCUGCAUGUUGAGAAUUUUUUUCGCGUUCCCGAAACUUUCUCAGCAAAACGAAUUUUAAUUCGAUCAACAUUGAUCGGACUAGAAGUACUUGUUGGCGAAUUCGUUCCAAAAUUUGAUGUAAUUGUUGGAAUUAUUGGAGGAACUAUUAUCGCUCCUCUAAUGUUCAUAAUGCCACCAUUACUUUAUAGGAAAAUUCAAGAAAUGGAAAAAACAAGACACCGAUUCAUAACUCAGGCAGCCUAUGGCAGUCUUCCACUUGACUUGAACUAUGAAUGCAUAGAUAUUAGAAGUUCCAAUGAAAGGAAUACCCUUUGGACCUCGAUCUGUAACGCUUACAGACAAAUUUGUAAAUAUUCUCCAUGUGAAAUGUCCUUUCCAUCAGCUGUUGUAGCUUUUGGAGUGCUGGCUUUUGGAUGUUCGACUUUCUUAAACUUUUUAAGAAUUUCAGAAUUAUUUCAAAACAAUUCGCCUUGCUUUGGUAACAUAACAAAAACGUUGUCAAAUCUUUAAUUUAUUAAAUUAAUUAUUAUUAUUAUUAUUUUUUCUUUUUGUUAAAACUAAAAAAAAUACUUGACAUCUAAUUAAGACUGACGUCCUUUUUUUAUCUAUUAAGCUAUAAUAAAUGACUUAAGAACCAGUCUUUUGAAUUCUUUUGCUAAAACGAG